CGCCCCGCCGCCUGGGGUCGGGCGCCCGGGGGUGGGGCCCCACCGACACGGAGGUUAUAAAAAACCCGGAUCGGAUCGGGGCACAAAGCCGCUUCGCUUUCCCCGCGCGGACGCUGGAGGGGCCGCCGAGGCCCAGACUGGCCCUGAGCUCACAUCCGUGCCCAUCUUCCUCUACUUUAUACGUGGGACUCUGAUCACCACGUGGCUUGCUGAGCGGGGCCAUGUCCACACCCCGGAUCUCAACCAGCCCGGGGGCUGGGACCCCAGGUGGGUGGUUCUGGAAGCCCGAAUGGGACUCAGACGGCCGCGAAGGGCUUAUCAAGGCGGAGAUCCCACCCGGCGGCAAUAUGCACACGGGCCCAAAGGUGGACACCGCCGUCGGGGGCUGGAUGCGUAGACGGGCUGCGGUGCAGCCACAUGGUGGAAUAUUACGCAGCCGUGAACAGGAGCGAGGCCCUGACACAGCUGCGCGUGGACGGACCCUGAACCCACGACGCUCAGAGACGGAAGCACACACAGAAGGCUGCACAGCACGGGAUCCCGUUGAGGGGAAACGUCCAGAGCCGGCAAACCCCACGACAGAAAGCGGAUUCGUGGACGGGGACGGGGAGCGACUGCUGGUGGGGACGGGCGCUCCGUUUGGGGGGCGCACACGCCCGCCCCCCGGCCCCAUGGCCCUCGUCUGGAUCGUGCUGUUCCUGACGCCCGCCUCCGGCCUGCUGCUCCGGGACCAGGAUCCGAGCCCGCCGAUUCGGAAUGUGAGGAUGGAGCCGGAAAGUCAGAGACUGACCUGGGACCUCCACGGAAAUGUGAGCGGGAUCAAGUGCUCGCAAAGCCUGGAGUACAACGUCACGGCCAGAAAAAACCAGUACUGCCAGUUUCCAGUGCUUCCCUCGUGCGGAUCGAAAAACUACACGGUGUUCGUGACCGGAGGGCAGCCGUUCUCGACGUCGAUUGGCUACCCUGAGCCGGAAGGGAACCCUGGGGCGGCCGCCCAGAACCUCACGUGCUGGGUCCACGACGUGGAUUUCCUGACGUGCCGCUGGGCCGUGGGCAGCGCGGCGCCCAGAGACGUCCAGUACCACCUGCACGUGGGGGAGGCGAGGACCUCCGAGGGGCGGGAGUGUCCGGGUUACACGGCGGACGAGCGGGGGACACAUGUGCGGUGCCGUUUCGACGACCUCUCCGGGUUCUCCAACCGGCUGUACCGGUUCCGAGUGAGGGGCACCAGCCGAGCUUCCGGAAUCCCCUGCUCGGAGAUGUUCGAACAAUUAUCGCGAAUCGGUGAGUGAGGGUUCGGGGCACGUCCGUCACCGCCCCGACCUCGGUGGGUCCGAUGCGCCUUGUCCUCAGCGACGAAAUCCCUGAUGGGACUUUUGGAACCAAAAACCCUUCUAUAUAAAAAAAAAAAAAACUACGUUGGGAUUAUUUUCUUUAGCUAGACCCUGUCCCCAAAUGGUGACGGCUUCGAGCCCCGUGAAACCUGGGCCCGCCCCGGCUGGUCCGCGUCCACGAGGCCGGCUGGCUGAUGCGUUGAGAGGAUGGUGCAAGAAGAAAUGAGGGGGUGGGUCCUGCAAAGAGCGGAGGGGACGCUGUCUUUGGUCCGUGGUGUCCAGUCUUGAGCUGACCGGCUGGGUUUCACGUGCAUCGGGUGGAGGCCGUGCUGCCUCAGACUCGGGGUGCUCCCUAGAAGGGCACAGAGACAGCUUUGGGGCCCAGCUGCAACACAGCAUCUUAGCACCCAGCCCCCGGGGUCCAACAACCACCCACAGACAGAGGAGGAGGAGCAGGAGGAGGAGGAGGCCGUGGAGGUGGAGGCAGAGAUCUGGGUGCUGAUCCACAGUCAGGGAGCACCCAGGCCGCCCGGCAGCCACCACGAAAAGCUGGGGGGCGGGGAGGAACGGCCCAGAUUGUGUGUCGGGUCCCAGAAGGAAGUGACCCUGCCCACAGUUGGGUCCCGGAGUCCCAGCCUCCAGAUUAGGGAGCCCUCACACGUCUGGGG